GUCCUUCUUCGUACGCGUCGUCUGCCGAUAGUCGGAGUGCAAAAACGUGUGGAGGUUUUCAUAGUUUUCUUCGUAUUUUACUUGUUCUACUGGCAAAAAAUAAUCGGGUGGUUCGUUCUUACACGAAUAACGAUUGUUUAUAACGUUUAAAGCUAUGCCAUAAAGUUUAUGAGUUUGUUUAAACAGUUGUCAAUGUAAAUAGUCGCGAGUGAGUUAUUAUUGUGCAAUGAUGUUUGUGAACUUUUCUCGGGCGAUGCGAUCGAGGUGGAAGGAAUUCUCAAUUUAGGACCAUAGAAGAUGCUACAGGAGAUACAGUAUAGGAUUUAGUUGAGGCUUCUUCCAUAUAUGGACUGCUGCCUUACUUUGAGACUAAGUCCGGUCCUGCUUCUGGCUCUGCUCCAUCAGUCGAUCCAUCGUUCCUUGCAACAGUAAAAAUUUGUUAAACGCUUCACAACUUAAGGAGUUAAAGAAAAUGGGACGCACGGCAUGAAUUCAUCCAAAAGAGGAAGACUGGUAUUUAACGUGAAAUAGUUGUUACUUUCGGCCAUACUUUUAGUGAUACCGGAAGUGCAUGUUCUAGUCUGAUAAAAUGUCGUCGAACUGCUGCAAGUGUUGUUGUUGUUGCUGCUAUUCCGGUAAUUUUGAGUGACAUUUCGUUUUCACGAUGCAGCGAACAAUGUCGCGAAAUUCGCUUCCACCGUCGGCGACGAGCGCAAGGGAAAAUUCGAGCGGCGCGAGUGCUGUCGGCGAUUACACGUUGUCGUGUCUGUGGGUGUUGACGCCGGUCGCCGCGACGCUUUCCCUCGUCGUCAUCGUUGUCGCGACGUCUACAAACCAGUGGCUGCACACCGAGGAGAAAAUGAACAAUCCGACGUACAACGGCACCGGAGACGACAAGUACCUGUCAAAAGUCACCGUAUCAGGACUUUGGGCAAUCUGCAUCAUAAAUCCUGGAGAAACUAGAUACAAUUGCAGCGCCAUCGACUAUUUUUCAAAGGAAGAGUAUAAUCCAGAUCCUAGCGAUUCUACCAUGGCAAUACCAUAUGCUGUAACGAAAUCGGUGUUUUUCUUCGCCUUGGCCACCCUUUUGGUAGCGGCAGGUUACAUAUGUUGUCUUCUAGGUCAAUGUUCCAAACAUCGUCGAUUGUUUACCUUCGUGUCUGGAGUCGUGUUUGUAGUUUCAGGUUUGGUAAUGUUACUGGGCGUCAUCAUGUACAUUUCCGUAUUCAAAUCGGAAGUGGGUAGCAAGUUACGUCCCAAAUCUCAGCUUCAUCCUCCAAUCUUCAACUAUCGUUAUGGUUACUCGUUCCUUCUUUAUCUGAGUGGAAUUGUGGCAUCAGAGUUGGCCGGUUUGAGCGCCAUCUUCCUCUUCAUCUGUCGCAUGCAAGAGACCUUCCGCUUGCAGAAUCUUGAGGAUGUGAAACUGGGAAAAGCGGGACCAUCAUCAGUGAACUAUCUCCACGUGGACCAGGCCGUCUUCUACCCCUGUCAACGUCAUCCGCAAGCCUACAUCAAUUCAAACAGUUCCAUCCACGUCCCCACAAACUUUCCCUCGCCGGUGCAAAAUAGGCGGUACUUUUUUGAUAAACAGCAAGUGCAAGAGUCACCCACGUGCGUGUUUCGACGUGAAAGAUCUCCCCAUGCUAACUCUCUCAAAGACAUUAGUGCAAGCUAUUUUGAUUUUCCUCCACCGCCGACGAUAAGUUAUCAAUUCGAGGAGAUGAAGACUUUCAACAGAGAUACCACGAGAACUGCAUUUCCACGUGACGUAACCACUAAUACUGUAUCAACCACCGCGGACAUCAACUGUGAAGAAUUCUUCGUCAGCGAGCAUUACAACCACCAGUACUCCCCGUACGCAGGGAGCGAUAACGUAUUUGUUUCGUUCGAUAUGGGACAACCUCCACCACCCGUGAGGACGCAAAGUACCCUCUCAGUUAGCUCAAGGGCUGAAAACGAGUACAACAGUGACAGUUUGAAAAGAACUACCCCCGUUUGAGACUAGUAGUUACAAUCAUUGCGGGGACGAGUUACAGUUAAUCAAUUAUCAUGAUAAAUUUGAAGCAAGUCACUGCUAAAUGUUUUGAAGUUUAUAUAUACCUAUAACAGGGUAAAUUCGGAGGAAUAUUUUUCAAAAUUGAGAUUCUAUGUUUUCCCUUAUUUACUUAUUGGUUGUUUUUAUUUCGUCUUUUCAUCUGCAGAAAGGGGAAGAUUAGCAAUUGAAGGAACACAAAUCAGAGUCGAUUGAAAAGGGCCGUUUGGAUUCUGGGGAGACUUCUGGACACCAGGAACUCAACAAGGCAUCAUCGCGAGAGGUUUCUGAACACCAGGAGUUCAAGGAGACGUCAGGGCAUCAGCAAAUCAACAGGACGUCAUCGUGGAAGGCUUCUGGACAUCAGGAGUUCACCGAGCCGUCAUCGAGGGAGACCUGCGGACACCCGGCCCUCAACGGGACGUCAUCCGACGAGGGACACCAAGGGCUUCGAAAUCUCCCGAGAUUUCGAAGUUCCUUUGGACUUCGAAGGAUCCUAAAAGGAUCAACUCUAGGACUCGGAGUCCCAGAGUUGAUCCCUUGGGAUCCUUGGAAGGACCAAACACUUCGAAAUCUUGGGAAAUUUCGAAGCCCCAACGCGGGGGGUGG